UCCUCGUCCCGAUCCUACUCGCCCGAUCAAUCAUCAUGCAACCCUAGUAGUUUCGAUUUGGCAGCUCUCGCAAAGGUUUAGUUUUUUCGCUCACUCGAUGUUGUACUUCUUCUUGCAGUUCGAGUUUCCGUUUCUGCGGAAUUGCCCGCCCUCUUCGCACUGAGGAGGGAUUUGGGCGUCUUAUUGAACUUCCUCUUGGUGAGUUAUCCUUGCCGCGGUUGUGGUUGCGGGUUGAGGUUCUUGCCUCAGCAUGAAUUCGGGGGAAGAUUUGGGUACUGGCCUGCGGGGAAAGAAGGAAAAUGAAAACGCAGAAAAAGUGCCUCCUUUAGGCGAAAUCGAAGUGAAAUACAAUGGAGUAUUGGACCUUGAGGAAGUUUCUCAUGUUGGUUGUUCAGGUGGUGGAGAUCUAGGUCCGAAGGAGAGGAAUGUUUGUUCAGCUGAAGCGCUGGUGGAUGUGAAGGAAAAUGGCAAUGCCGUAGCGAGAGAACUUUCGGCCGAAUCACCCUCUAAUCUGAUGGGAUGUCCUUCUGUUGAAGAAGACCCUGUACCGGGGUCAAAGUCGCACCUUCUAAGGACUAUGGUCUGAGGACAUGGAGGAGAAUUAGGAGGGAUUUGAGCAAUGAUGUGGCCAGCACCGCUGAUUCUGCUCAGGUAAGGUAAGGUCUCGCCUCUUCCUCUCCCUCCUCUCUCCACCAAUCCAGUGUCGAACUGUGUCUUGGUGCCGAUCCUCCAGAACGGUAAAAACUGCCCACAGGUAAAUAAAGAAGAUCCUAAGACAUUCAAAAGAUGCCUCGAACAAGUGCAGUUGAGUGCCCUGGAUGUCCACCUCUGAGAGCCUUGACCACUGAUGCACUUGGCCUCAUAAAAGUUGUUGAAGUUCAUGGUAAUCCUGGAAUUCUAAAGGUUGUAGAAAGAUGGGGGCAGCCAGAUGCUUCUUCUGGUGUUCUUGCAGCUUCUUAUGCUGAUGACAAAAUUGAACCGCUUCUUGCUGUUGCUCGCAAAAAUGGUUUCGUUGAGAUUCUAAAUUCUCUAAAUGGAGAGAGUUUAUGCAACACUCACACCAAACAAUUUGGAUUAUCAGAUACCUCUCGUCAAGAUGAUCACGUUGUCGGCUUGCAUCUCCUUAAAACCAAAGGAAUAAAUUUGUUUUCUAGGGUUGCUACACUACUUCUUUGUACGGAAAAUGGAAAUGCUUGCUUGAAAUCUAUUCCCAUGAGUGGUGCGCUGCAUGAUUCUGAUAUUGGUUCUCAAAUGUCAUUCAAUGUAUGCUCUGCCGGUAAAAUAUUAUGCAGUUCAUUGGCUAAAAGUGAGAAUUUUGCCUUGUUUGGAGGGAAGGGCGUUGAAGUGAAUACAUGGGAUCUUGGAAACUGCACCCGUAUCUGGACUGCAAAAUCUCCUCGUCCUAAUAGCCUUGGUUUAUCCCCUCCUCCUUGGUUUACUGCUGCUGCUUUUUUAAGUGAAGAAGAUCAUCGAAAGAUUGCAGCUGGCACGAACAAUCAUCAGGUUCGUCUUUAUGAUACCUCAGCGCAAAGGCGGCCUGUUAUGUCUGUUGACUAUAGGGAAACUCCAAUCAAGGCAGUCUGUCCGGACCUACAUGGCUAUAAAGUUUAUGUCGGCAAUGCUUCUGGAGACCUUGGUUCCUUUGACAUAAGAACAGGAAAAUUGCUUGGAGGUUUUACUGGCAAGUGCUCUGGAAGCAUCAGAUCUAUAAGAAAACAUCCAGAACUUUCGGUAAUAGCAUCUUGUGGUUUAGACUGCUAUAUGCGUGUUUGGGAUACAAAUACAAGGCAGCUUUUAUCUACGGCCUUCCUCAAGCAACAUCUCACAAAUGUGAUAUUUGAUUCACAUUUUUCAUAUGAAGGUCCAGGCGGUAAUCGACAUGACCAACCAAGUGCGAUACAGGUACACGAUGAUGAUAGUGCCGGUAAUGAUGAGUCUGUAGAGGAUGAGGUACUGCCCAGCUCUCGCAGCAGCGAAGCAUCAAAAAUGAGCAAACGAAGCAAAACCAAGAAACUAGACCAAGAGGAGUUGCCCACCUCUGGCAACGGUCAAGUGUACGAAACCACGGGGAUGAAUGAAAUCAAGAAAAGGAGAAGUAAGAUUGCAAGACAACAAGAUGGAGACGAUGGAGCAGGUGAUACCGCCACUCAAUCUGAGGUUGAAGAUGGUGAGAAAUCUUCAGAAAAGCAUGGCAAAAGGCUAAAGCCAAAAAAGAGGAAGGUUUCAGCAUGAAGGCGAAGUUAAUGUGGCAACAUUUGCUGAUAACGAAUUCUUCGAACAUGAUAGUGCCCUGCUCAAACCACCGAUCGAUGCUCCAGUUGAACACGAUCAACCAUAGUGUCGUCCAGGCAUGUUAGUUUCAUUUUUCUUGCAACUUUCGGAGUGAUUUCGUCUUUUGAGAGGUCUUAUAAAUGUUCUACCAUUAAAAAUCAAACAGAUCUUGUUAGAGGCUUACCUCUAUGGAUAUGGUUGUCCUUUACACAAACUUGAGUUUAAGAUGUUGUUCCAUUAUGAUUAUGAUUAUUGUUAUUGUUAACAGUUUAUAACUAAA